AUAAUGGUGAAAGUAACUACAAUACCACCUGUGUCUCCAAUUUAUUUUAAUGUAGCUGAAUAUUGCUUGUUUGGUAUCAUAUUAGGUGUUAUAAUAGGAAUUAUUGUGUAUUAUAAUGUUAUCAAUAGAAAAUAUGUUACUGUGGCUGGGUUCCUGUUUGGUGGGAAGAAUAUGUCAGUUAUCCCUAUUACUUUGGCUCUAAUUGCGAGUCAUCUGACGAGUAUCACUCUUCUCGGUGUCCCCGUGGAAAUAUACCUCAGAGGCACGCAGUAUUGGGCGUCAGCACUCUCACUUGUCAUCGUCACCUUUCUCACAGCUGUCAUUUAUUUACCUGUGUUCCACAAGCUCCAACUGUCAUCAAGCUUCGAAUAUUUAGAGAUAAGGUUCUCAACACACACACGGACAAUUGGUGCAGUUCUGUUCGUCGUUAGCAAGCUUAUGUUACUCCCUAUUGUGCCUUAUGUACCACUCAUGGCUUUUAGACUAGUAACAAAUCAGUUAGCAGGACGUGUGACCGCAGUUUUAUGCGUCGCAUGCGCAACGUUUAGCGCUGUUGGUGGUUUACGAGCAAUAGUGGCUAUUGGUAUCAUGACGACUUUCUUGGCUCUUGCUGGCACUGCAUUACCUAGUGGACUAGCUCUGUUACCCAUGGGAUUUAAGAGGAUGUGGGAAAUCGCCAAUCAUGGUGGACGAUUAGUUCUUUAUGAUCCUGACCCCGAAAUGGCACACCACACAUCGUUCUUUGCAGUCACAUUAGCUCUAUCAACAAACUGGCUAUGGAAGAUAGCAUUAAGUCAAGCAACACUUCAGAAACUGUUAGCAGUACCAACAAUUAGUCAAGCAAGAAUAUGUCUCGCCAUAUCCUGUGUUGGUGUGAUAUUUAUGAAGUUGCUUUCUUGUUUCCUUGGGCUAGCACUUUAUGCGUGGUUUGCUGGCUGUGAUCCCCUACUUACGGGGCAGAUAAAGAAACAUGAACAGCUCGUCCCUCUAUUUCUCAACAAUCUAUCUCUGAUGUUCCCGGGUAUUUGUGGAAUUUUCAUCAUCUCAAUAUUCAGUGCAACUACUGGCUGCAUUGCUUCGUUGAUAAAUUCUGUUGCUGGAGUGCUGUUUGAAGAGUUUAUCAGGCCGUGGAUGCCUCAGAGUACCAAUGAGAGUGCCUGCUGUCGGAUUAUGAAGUGUCUCUGCGUGUUGGUUGGCCUAUACUGCGGCUCAGUAGUUUGGUUUGCAAAGGAACUGGACCGCUUGCAACACGUCGCUUCUGGAGUUACUGGAGUCACGGCUGGGACACUACUGGGUUUGUUCACACUCGGCAUUGUGUGUUCUAGAGCCAACUGUUCUGGAGCUCUAAGCGGUUGUUUAUUAAGUCUGAUACUGUGUGGGUGGUUACUUAUUGGUGCAGAAAAUGCUUUAGCGACGGGAGCAUUGACCUUCCAGGGCAAGCCAUUGACCAUUUCAGGCUGUGGAAAAGCUAAUUUCACAAAUGUACUGGCGAACAUAACCACUGUAGUUCCGAAUGCUGCCAACCAGUUACCGAAGAAACCAUUGCAGUCACUAUUCCGAAUAUCCUUCACUUACUGUCCGUUUGCCGGAGCCGUAUCAGUACUCUUAAUUGGACUCCUAAUGAGUUAUCUCACGGGAAAGUCCAAGUCUGACUCAAUGAACCCCGACGUGUUCUGCCCAUUAACCCAGAGUAUUCUUCACAAAUCAGCGAUUAGAAGUCCCACGGCAUCUCUGGAAACAAGACCGAAUAACACCCAAGAAGUUUACGUGGCAUUGGACGAAGCUCUCAAGCAUCUGAAAGAAAUUAUUGAUCGAUAA